GGUGCUGCAGGCGGCUCCCCUGCUCUCCGCCUUCGCCUCUUGGGUGAUAAAUGCAUUUGUUAGAGGGCAGGUGUCACCUACGGGUGCUGUGUGUGGCUUUGCCAUAGAAGGGCUGCCUGUGUUUAUCACCUGCCCCAUACUAGGUGAGGCAUUUAGGGACUUCUCCUUGCUCCUCAGUACAUGAGUGUGAUGGUGAGAGACCUCGCUGGACUCAGCCACUGAUUAAAAGUGUCUCCCUCAGAACCUGAUACUACCAACAUCUACCAUCAUCGCCUGGGAAUAACAACUGCUGCAACCAAAGGCCUUCAUAGAAGACCAUGGGGAAAUUCAGAAGCAUCCUUCUUUUCUUCCUUGGCUAUCUUCUAGUCCACAUUAGAGGUCAACGUGACUUUGAUUUAGCUGAUGCUCUCGAUCACCCAGAGGAUAUAAUUACCAGGAAGCCCACAGUGAUCAGAAGACCAACAAGACCUCUGAUGAACAAUGAUCUGCAUUUAGGAGAUGCGCUUGGUGGCGGUGACAUCCCAAGACAACCGUUAUACCCACCUCUUCCGCCGCGACCAGGAAGCCAUAGUAAUACUGGAGGAUUUAACGACUACGAUCUUGUUGAUGGGAAGCCUUUACCACCACACAUGGCUGGAGAAGGAGGGCAUAAUUUCAAUCAUGGUGGAAACACGGAUUCAGGAUUAAUAGCUGGAGUUACAUCUCCUAUAAUUUCUGCCUUAGUGAUAUUAGUUGUUGGAUCAAUAGCGGCCUACACAGCUUACAAGAACAACAAGCUUUGUUUCAAACCACGUGCUGGGGCCACAGUGUAAACAGCUGAAAUGAAAACUGUCUGCUGAUGACACACUGCUUUGGUUGGUGAUGUUCUGCCCACGGACCUGACAUUUGUUUUCAGCUUCACAAUUCCGAGCAAAAAACUCUUCUUCUGAUGAAUGUUGUGUGGAGAUGCUGCAAUUCCAUUUCCAUUUACACGAUGUUACUUUUAAACCUUGAGAUUUACAUCAUCAAAGAUUCACUUAAAAUGUCCAGAGUAGGUAUUGCACUAUCAUAAACACUGGAUAAGUAUUUUAAUUCAGGAACUGUUUUAAAUGCAGAAUUCAAGCUUAAUACGUGCUACAAAUUAAAGUAUUUUGGUUUAUGAGUGUUUCAGUCACUGAAGAUUGUUUUUUUUUUUUCCUGUUUUCUAAAUUGGUCAAAAUAAUUAAUCAUUCCAAUAGAACAGGAAUAAGAGUAAUGCCAUUUCCAUUCACACAUUUGGCAUAUUUCUGUAUUGUCUGUGAAUGAAUAAGUCAUAUGAAUGAUUAAGCAUUUUAAUGCCUUUAUUUCAUAUCUUAUGUCCAGACUCUUGCGAAGCAGAAAGAGCUACAGAUGGAAAACACGUUCUUAAUUAUAAAAUACAGUAUGAAAUGAACACGUGCACCAAUGAACCACUGGUUAAAAUAAAUAAAACGAGGAGAGCCUAAUUGUAUUUAUUUAUUUAUUACUGAAAUGGUAUUUGGCUCUUCUCAGGAACUGGAAUCCGUCGUAAAUUAGGUUUUCCUUCUUGAAAAAUUAGAAGCCUCCAAAGGUGAUCUGAUAGAUAUUCUUCUCUUUCUUUUCACUUUAAUGUGUUGUUUCCAAUUUCCUGGAAGGAAAACCGGGUGCAGAGGUUUUGGAAUCAGUUAGAACCAAUCUGUGACAUUUUGUUCUAUGAAUCUAUGUCAGCAGCUUUUAGACUUUGUACAUAUAUUUUCGCAGAGGUAUAGUCGAUACUUAUAGUUUUGCUAGCAAGGCUGCUUCUGUCUCCGUGGUAUUUGACAUGGAUAUCUCAGUUGCUGAAGAGAGAGAGAUCCUGAAUGUAAGAAAUAAUAACAUACAUCAGUUUAGAUAUAGGAACAUCCUGACAGCAUGCAAAGAAACAAGCAGUUUUUCAUGGCUAUUGCUUUCAACUCAUCAGCAUCGUAUUAACACGCUUUUCUUUUAAUAAUGCAAACUUCCAAUGUUACUAUUUAUGACAGCUACUAUCCAUUUUGUCAGGUAGAUGUCAAGGUAAUGUUAAAGCUUGUUUGUGGUUACCACCCCCAUUGCUCGUUUAACAAUAAAAAUGUGCGCAUUCCUUCUCUCUCUUGAAAAUCUUCAAUAAACACAUACCCUGUUUUACCUAAAAUGAAAUGAAGGUGGUUUGUUUUGUGAGUUAUUUUAUGGAAUGCAUGCUGGCUGAUACCUUUAAUGUC